AAGAUCGAAUAGGACCGGUACAGCUUAUACUUUUUUCACUCCUGCGAAUUCUAAUAAAGCUGCUGAUUUAGUGGCAGUUCUGCGCGAGGCCAACCAGGUCGUCAAUCCCAAAUUACAAGACAUGGCUGAUAUGGGAUCAAAUGGCCGACAUAGACAUCGUGGCCGUGGCAAUAGAGGUCGAGGAGGCGGCGGCGGCGGUGGCAAUGGAGGCGCUCGUUCCCGCUCCCGGUCGCGUUCCAGGUCUCGCUCCCGCAACCGCGACAGGCGGCAGCGUUCGCGCUCUCGCAAUCGCUCCAGAGAUCGAUCUAGGGAUCGCUCACGCGACCGCCGCCGUCGCAGAAGAUCGCGCACCAGGUCCAGGUCGCGUGACCGCAGGACUCGCAAAAACGUCGAACGAAGGCGCAAGACCAGGAGUAGGUCUAGAUCAAAGUCGAAAUCCAAAACUAAUUCGCAAUCGAGGUCGAGAUCGAGAUCUAGAUCCAGGUCCAGAUCCAGAUCGAGGUCCAGGUCGAUUUCAAGGUCAAGAUCGCGCGACAGGCAAACAACAGGCAAGUCAACAGAGCACACUAGUCAGCCGCAAUCAGCGGUUACCUCUGGUGUCGCAACAACAUCAACAAUAACGAUGAGCAAUGAUAAGUCGGUGGCUCAGAACCAUCGACAACAACAAUCAGCGCAUCCGCCGUCGACCAUGUCCAAUUUCAAUGACUUACAGCAACAACAUCAUCAACAACAACAAAAACAAUCAAAUUACGCUACGGCACGACAGUCACAGCAGACUCAACAACCACUCUCAACUUCUAGUAACGGACAAACUAGCAGCAGCAUAUACAAUCAGAGUACAAAUCGACCUCAAGCACCACCACAGAAACCUCCACUUCCAAUGUAUAAUCCAAAUGUAUCCCAAACACAACCGCCACCACCUAGUAAUCAUAAUACAUAUACACCUCAACCACCAACGAGUAGUCAUCAUAGUUAUGCACCACAACCGCCUCAGGCGAGUAACCAUAAUGCUUACACAACACAAUCAAGUAUGGCAGCUCAACCACCACUGCCAAACACAAUGUACAAUCCUCCUCCACCUCAGCCACCACUUCCCAGUAAUCACAUGUACAAUCAAAAUAUGUAUCAGCAAAGCAUGAAUUCUCAACAACAAGCAUCUUCAUACCAAGCAAAUGGUGGUAAUAUGUAUGACACUCGACAGUACCAGCAGACUAAACCAAUGCAACAACAACCUCCUUUACCGCCAAACAGUCACAUGCCUCCGCCUCCUCCUACGAAUCACAUGCCUCCUUUGCCUUCUAUGCCUCCUCCACCGCCGCCACCUAACGGCGAACCUCCAAGGAUGGUUGCAGGUCAUGCACAUCCGUCGCAGGCGCCGCAGGGUCCACCGGCUCCGCAAUAUUAUCCUCCUCCGUCACAGGCGGCGAUGAUGAUGAACCCAAAUAUGCCGCCGAUAAAUAGCAGCGGC